UGUGUCCGCGGUGGAUCAUCGGCUCGGCCGCCAUAGCUAGGGAUGAUCCACUGCCGCGUCCGGCAGCGUUGCCAUCGAUCGAAUCGGCAGGCGCUGGGACUCGGCGAUCGAGGUACUGUUGCGCAGGGCAGGGUUGCGAGGUCUGGUCCCGAAUUGAGGCUGCGCUCCUCUGAGGCGGCGGCUAAUCGACGCGAUCGCGGGGAGGACUGGAUCCCGCUUCUCCGCGAUCCGGAAGAGGAUGAGGCGUCGAUCGAGGAAGAAAUGCGAGAAUUUUGCAUUGGAAUGGGAGUGAUCGCGCCAGCUUCGCGAUCGAUGACGGAAGAAGAUGGUUGCGAAGACCUUCCGGAAGCGCGGAUUUCUUUUGAUCCUCUGGAAGCUCCUUCGAAGAUCAGGACGUCGCCCUCGUCGCAUUUGCUGGGGAAGGAGAUGGUUUCGGCGAUACGAAAUGCGGUGGAUGCUUUUGGGGAAGAUCAACGUGCCAGGCAGGAGAUCUCUGUGGAUUUGAUUGCGGACGAGCUUCUAAGCGAGCUCGAGAGAGCUGCUGCGCAGGUUGCUGGCAUGGAAUCCGAGGUGACAAUGCUAAGGGAGCGCGUCCAAGCGAGUGAAACUCGAGAAAGAUUCCUCCAGCAACAAUUGAAUCGAGCUCGAAAGACGUCAAAUGGACAGCACUGUUGCCACUGUUCUUCCGCAACGCAAAGAUUAGCCGCUCUAGAAGACGUUUCCAGGCGUAAAGACGAGACGAUCCUGGAGCUGGAGCGAGAGAUUCAUAGCCUGCAAAGAAAGAUUUCUAGCUUCCUCAACAACAGAUCGGAGUGCCCGACUCCAGUGGCCAUCAAAAAACUCGUUACCAGAUUUUCUUCGUCGCGAGAUCCAGAGACAAGCGAAAACAAAAGCGAAAGAGCUAGAAAAUAUGAAAAGAAAGCCGCCACAAGAGCGCAUUCUAGCAGCAUUCUAGCCGAUCUUACACCCAACAUUUGUAGAUAGUUUAAAUAAAGUAUAUUCUCCUGGAUCAA